AUGUAUGGCUUGUCUUGGUUCGUUUGGUGCAAUCCUCCUUCAUAUCGCCAAAAUCUGAGGCCUGCCUGCCAAUUUGGCCCCUCCUCUUCCGCUUUUCCCUAUCGUGACUUGCAUCUUUCUGGGCUUUUCUUUUUUCCCUUUUUUUGGCACGCCCAAAAGCCCAGCCGAACCAAUGACCGAAGAGAGUGGGAAAUUUUGGCCCAAAACAUGUGGGUCGGCUUCACAACAGUCAUCCCCGGCCUAAUAGACCUGCAGCCUUAG